AUGCUCCGCGUUACUGUAUUUUGGUUGGCUCUGAUCCCAAAUUAUGCACUUACGAGCUGCCCUUUCGUCGAUCGUGAUGACUAUCUACACGAGCAGGCUAGACUGUACAAAGCUCUACUCAAGGAUUAUGAUCCUAGACUUUCUGCAGUAUCAAUGCAAACACUGAACUCAUCAGUGGAGCUGAAUCCUGGUCUUCCUCGUUAUGAAGCUUGGAUCACAUUAGUCUUUAUGAAAAUGAUUCAAGUGGUUGAACCCGAACAAAAAGUUGAUUUCAUUUUUGAAUAUGCGAUAGAUUGGAAAGACGAACGAUUACGGUGGAAUGCGUCCGAGUACUGCGGGAUUGAACGGAUAUACUUGGCUACUACAGAUGUUUGGAUCCCUGAGGUUACCAUAAUUGACGCGCAUUCUUCUCAAGACUAUCGAGAAGAUUAUAAAAAAUUCGUUUGGCUCAACUCGUCAGGUUAUGCUAAUUAUUUCGUACCAACCCUCACAUCAACCAUCUGUACGAUCAAGGUUCGAGAUUUUCCUUUUGACCAUCAGGAAUGCUACAUUAAAACGAUGGCUCAAUCAUUUUCUGCAUGGGAGUACCGUAUCCGAGCCGUGCUCAAAAAUACGUUAUUCGAAAAUUCUUCCGCCAUCGAAGAUAUGGGGAAUGGAGAAUGGCAAAUAAAAAAUGUGUCAGUGAAAUCGAAAUUUGCGGAUAAUGGGGACGAAUACGCUACCGAGAUGAAUAUUUUUGUGAUUACAAUGAAAAGGAACGCUUCAUUCUACAUUACCAUGAUUAUUAUGCCAUCGUUCAUUAUCAAUGUCCUUUCAAUUUUUGGUGUUUUUCUCAGAACGGCGGACAGCAUGGGGAAGCUUGGAAUAGCGUUGACUAACCUUAUGUCAUUGACAUUUAUAUUGGGUAUACUUGCCACUGCUUUGCCAAAGACGAAGGAUCUGCCCAGGAUAGCAAUUUUCGUGAUGUUAAAUUUAUGCAUCAUGGUCCUGGCUCUCGUCACAACGCUCCUCCUCACACAUUUCAAACACUACAUCGAUGGAGAUCCAGAAGUGGCUGAUAGCACUGGCGAAAAGAGGAAGCGGAAAGAUGGGAAGCUGUUCCGAUUAGCGCACAUAGGAUCAUUCGUGCUGCUUGAAAUAGCAAACCUUGUCAAUUUUAUUAUUCUAGUUGUGUGA